UUUGAAUUUCUACACAACACUAAGCUUUAAAACGAUAACGUUUAAUUAAACGGCACUCCCGCUUAUAUACUUGAUUCAAAAAAUUAUUUCUUCCUCGAUUUCUGAGUACCGGUCUUGUCAACAGAAUUAAUUUGUAUGAUCAACUCUAAUUACAGUUUAAUCCUAUCAUAAUCAUGGGCUCUAAUCCUAAAGCAAGUGCCCUAUGGGCAGAAAUGUUAGCUGAAGAAUCAAAUUACAAAAAUCAGAAUCAAAAACCGAACGAAACCGAAGAAUUGCUGUAUUACAGAAGAAGACGCUCUCAAAAGACCCCUCAAGAUCGUGCCGAUUUGCGAUUCUUGAAUCAAUCGGAUUCGAAUAAGGAGAAUCGAAUUAGUUUGGGCUGUGCUGGUGCUGGUCCUGUCAAGAGAAUUAGUUGGAAUCGUGCACUUUCAAUCAGAGGAAGAGUAAGUAUUGCUGUUACCGCUUGUGUGCACAAUAGACCUCAACAGAAGCAAGCAAAAAGAAAAGGAAAGCCACCUGUUCCUAAAAGAAAGGCUGAACAACCUUUAAAUUUUGAGAAAGAAAGGAAAUACUUUCAAGAGGUUGAUGAAUUUGAUUUGUUGGAGGAGAGUCCUUCUCCCAAAAACUUUGGUACAUGGAUCACUGGUAAUCAAGCAAAUAAUGCUCCUAUACCACGUUUGUCAUCAAGAUUACAGAACUGGCUAAUUACCAAGAAAUUAAAGGACAGCUCGGGGAUGUCUACCACACUCUCAAAGCUAUUAGAAGAAACUCCAAAGAUGCCACUGGAACCUAUUUAUGUUGAUGAUAUCAACACUCCAAAUUUGAAAACCCCAGAAAAAUCAUACUUUAAACCCAAUUUAAUUUUGCAUUCUGUUCGUAGAAGAAUUAAUGAAUUAUUACUCACUAAUUAUGUGCCUGAAAGGAGGUCCAGUUUACAAAGGAGCAGCACUAUGUUGUCCCGUCUGCGUGAUGAGGGUUUUAAGGAUAUUGAAUCUGCGAUAAAGAAACUAUCUUUAGCUUCAAAAUCUACUUCCGUAGAUCAUGACUGUGUGGAUCCAUUUUCUUCUCUCUUAGCAGUUUGUGGACAGACUGCCCCAUCAACUUUGCUUGAUGUCUUCUCCAAAUAUUGUGACCCACAAAGUAUUACCAAAGUUGGUGAAGGAACAUUUGGAGAAGCCUUUAAAGUUGGUACCACUGUCUGCAAAAUUGUUCCAUUUGAUGGAGAGUUGAGAGUAAAUGGAGAAGUGCAGAAGAAAUCAGAAGAACUUCUUGAAGAGGUUGUACUUUCUAGAACUCUCAAUCAUCUAAGAGGACACGAUGGUGACGCGGCUGAUGCCUCCAAUGCCUGUACAACUUUCAUUGAGACCUUAGAUUUAAGGGUGUGCCAGGGUCCGUAUGAGAAUGCAUUGAUUAAAGCCUGGGAAGACUGGGAUGAUAAACAUGGAUCAGAAAAUGAUCACCCUAGGGGAUUCCCAGAGAAACAGUGUUAUGUUGUCUUUGUACUACAACAUGGAGGCAAAGACCUUGAAAGUUUUGUUCUAUCAAAUUUUGACGAGGCUAGGAGUUUAUUGGUUCAGGUUACAGCUGCCCUAGCUGUUGCAGAAGCAGCAUUUGAAUUUGAACACCGCGACCUGCACUGGGGAAACAUUUUGCUAAGUCGAAAUGGCUCUACUACAGUGCAGUUUCUCCUCGAGGGGAAGCCAAUUUCUGUGAAAACAUAUGGAUUAGCAAUAUCAAUAAUUGAUUUUACUCUCUCAAGAAUCAAUACUGGUGAAGAUAUUCUCUUCCUUGACCUAUCAUCAGAUCCUUACCUCUUUAAAGGUCCAAAGGGUGAUAAACAAGCUGAAACAUAUAGGAAGAUGAAGGAGGUAACAGAAGAUUACUGGCAAGGAAGUUUUCCUAAAACAAAUGUGUUAUGGGUGAUGUACUUGGUGGAUAUAUUACUUCAGAAGAAAUCAUUUGAACGUUCUUCGAAAAAUGAGAGAGACAUGCGAUCCCUGAAGAAACGUCUCGACAAGUAUAAUUCGGCUAAAGAAGCCAUUUCUGAUCCUUUCUUCAGUGACUUGCUUGUUCAUCAGCCAUGUCAAUGAAAUGGAGAAAAAAAAGGUUAAAGUUAACAUCUUGUUCCUUUAACAAUGUGUAGGGGCCAUCAGUAGAGAAUUCUGCAAAAAAAUGGUAGGAAAAAACUAAUUAUUAUCUUAGUUCUGUAGUAAUAUCUAACUAACUUAACAGUUUCAAAUUCACAAAAGGUUCCUUAGCAUAUUCAACUUCAAGAUUUCUGUAAAUAUCACAUUCUGAGAAAAAAAAAGGUUUAUUUGCAUUUUAAAUUUCAAUA